AAUUUAGUACCUGUUUCUACUCUGAUGACGAACAAAUUGAGGAUGCCAACCAGGAAGUAGAAGAAACAAAUGAAAAGGAUGGAAACCAGGAAACAGCAGAAGAGGAAACACAGGAAGUGACAGAGGAAAAUCAAGAGGUGGAAGAAGAGAGACAAGAGGAAAAAGAGGAAGUGACAGAGGAAACGCAGGAAGUGAUAGAGGAAACUCAGGAGGUGACAGAGGAGGUCCAGGAGGAAACUGAGGAAAGAGCAAGGAGCAAAAAUGAGGAAGUGAAAGAGGAAACAACGGAAGAAGGAAAGGGAAGUACAGAGGUAACAGAAGGAAAUCAGACUGCAGUAGAAGAAAAUCAGCAGGAAUCUCAAGGAAACCAGGUAACCACAUACGAUAGACAGGAAACAAAAGAGGUAUCUGGGAAUCAGGAAGGGGAUGUGUCUGCGAUGGAGAAGAUAGGUGCUGUGUAUUUUUUGUGUAUCUUCUGA